CCCCCCCCCCCCCGUCUCUCUCUCUCUUAAAUAUCAGUUUUAACACAAAACCUCAUUCUCUCUCUCUCUUUAUCUCUCCUCUGCUUGACCUCUGUUCUUCAAGUUGUACGACAUGGCGGCGACAGGUCAAAUCUCGACGAGAAUGACGGUGGAUCGCACUCUGUCCUCCUCCAGGAACGCUGGACUUUCCCUUUCACCAUCACCACAGAGAACACUAAUCGGCGUCUCCGGAAGGUCUGGUAUCGCUCACCGUCAACUGUCUCUCUCUGUCAGAUCGAUUAACACCAAUGAAGAUAGCCGGAAAGUCAAGGUGUAUGCAGAGAAUGGCGCUUUCGAUUUGGGAGUGAUGGAUCCUUCAGUGGAGCCAUAUAAAUUUGCGGAGCCAAGAACAAGUCAUAAUGAUUCGAGGAGGAAAACUAAGAUAGUGUGUACCAUUGGACCUUCCUCUAGCUCUCGUGAAAUGAUUUGGAAACUUGCGGAAGCAGGAAUGAAUGUGGCUCGUUUGAAUAUGUCUCAUGGAGACCAUGCUUCUCAUCAGAUUACUAUUGAUCUUGUUAAAGAAUACAACUCUCUCUUUGUUGACAAAGCCAUUGCUAUCAUGUUGGAUACAAAGGGUCCUGAGGUUCGAAGUGGGGAUGUACCUCAGCCGAUCUUCCUUGAAGAGGGUCAAGAGUUUAAUUUUACCAUCAAGAGAGGUGUCUCCAUGAAAGACACCGUCAGUGUCAACUAUGAUGAUUUUGUUAACGAUGUCGAAGUUGGAGACAUACUUUUGGUGGAUGGUGGAAUGAUGUCACUAGCUGUUAAGUCCAAGACGAGCGAUUUGGUGAAAUGUGUAGUUAUUGACGGUGGAGAGCUUCAAUCUAGACGUCACUUGAAUGUUCGAGGAAAGAGUGCCACUCUUCCUUCCAUAACAGACAAAGAUUGGGAAGACAUCAAAUUUGGAGUGGACAACCAAGUUGAUUUCUAUGCUGUCUCUUUUGUUAAGGAUGCUAAAGUUGUCCAUGAGUUGAAAAACUACCUCAAAACCUGCAGUGCGGAUAUCUCUGUGAUUGUGAAAAUUGAAAGCGCAGAUUCCAUAAAGAAUCUUCCCUCCAUUAUAUCUGCUUGUGAUGGGGCAAUGGUCGCUCGUGGAGAUCUUGGAGCUGAACUUCCCAUUGAGGAGGUCCCCUUGUUACAGGAAGAGAUAAUCAGAAGGUGCAGGGACAUUCAUAAACCAGUGAUUGUCGCCACAAACAUGCUAGAGAGUAUGAUUAAUCAUCCAACACCUACAAGAGCUGAAGUAUCUGACAUUGCAAUUGCAGUGCGCGAAGGGGCAGAUGCUAUCAUGCUUUCUGGUGAAACCGCACACGGAAAGUUUCCUCUGAAAGCUGUUAACGUGAUGCAUACCGUGGCUUUGAGAACUGAGGCUAGUCUACCUGUUAGAACCUCAGCAAUCCGUACUACUGCUUACAAGGGUCGCAUGGGCCAAAUGUUUGCUUUCCAUGCUUCUAUAAUGGCGAAUACACUGAACACACCGAUCAUUGUAUUCACGAGAACUGGAUCCAUGGCAGUGCUUCUGAGCCAUUACCGGCCGUCCUCAACAAUUUUCGCCUUCACAAACCAGAGAAGAAUAAUGCAGAGGCUGGCUCUUUACCAAGGUGUCAUGCCUAUAUACAUGGAGUUUUCUGAUGACGCAGAAGAUACAUAUGCCCGUUCCUUGAAACUCCUACAGGACGAGAGUAUGCUCAAGGAAGGACAACAUGUAACGCUUGUCCAAAGCGGUGCGCAACCUAUUUGGCGUGAAGAAUCAACACAUCUCAUACAAGUCCGUAAGAUUAAGAUAGGUUGAUGUCUUUACUACUUGAGCUUCUGCAUUUCUGACUAUUUUUCUUACACGAUUUGAUCCAAUAUUGUUUAAGUCACUCACAGUAGUGAAACCAUAUAUAUAUAAGUUAUUCAACCACAUGACUGUAAAAACAAAAGAGUCUUUUCGAUUAAAAAGACCAAUCCGAUUCAGCCUUUUUAUUUAUCAAUCAGUUUGUUUGUUACAUU